UAUUUUCCAAGAAUCGAGCUUCUACCACUUUUUCCUAACAAAACAAAAAAACAAAAGAAAAACAAGGAAAAAAAAAAAGAGCGGAAACCCUAACCCUAGCCAUGGCGUCGUUUGCUGAAGCUCCCCCCGGCGACGCGAAGUCAGGGGAGAAGAUCUUCAAGAUGAAGUGCGCUCAGUGCCACACCGUCGACAAAGGGGCCGGCCACAAACAAGGUCCUAAUUUGAACGGGUUGUUUGGGAGGCAGUCUGGGACGACUCAGGGGUACUCGUAUUCUGCGGCGAACAAGAACAUGGCUGUGAUUUGGGAGGAGAACACUUUGUAUGAUUACCUGCUCAAUCCUAAGAAGUACAUUCCUGGUACAAAGAUGGUCUUCCCUGGUCUGAAGAAGCCGAAGGACCGUGCAGAUCUGAUUGCUUACCUGAAGGAGUCCACAGCAGCCUAACCGCUUGCUAUAAAGCCAUCAAAAGUUUUACCCUUGUCAUAAAUUAGACACUGCAUCUUUUUCAUUAGUUAGUUCAAUAUUGAUUUCCAUGCUAAAUACAUGGAGUUCAUAAAUUUUGAGAGAUGCCUGUUUUGAGUAAUUGCGUGUGCUACUCUAUCAAUUUAGACCAUUGACUAAAACAAAACAUCAUAUCUUGGCGUUUAUUUGGUUAUUCUGGUGUAUAACACUGAACAUUAUGUGUUUUGAUCGAAGUAGGUGUCUCCUGGU